AUGGACUUGAUAAACAGAGUGUUUAAGGAUUUAUUAGACACGUUUGUUAUAGUCUUCAUUGAUGAUAUCUUGGUUUACUCCAAGGCAGAGGUCGAGCAUGAGGAUCACUUGCAUCAAGUUUUGGGGACUCUUCGAGCUAAUAAGCUGUAUGCCAAGUUUUUCAAGUGUGAGUUCUGGCUGAAGAUGGUAUCUUUUCUUGGACAUGUAGUGUCCAGUGAGGGAGUUUCUGUAGACCCAACAAAGAUUGAAGCUGUUACUAGUUGGCCACAGUCGUCUACAGUCAGUGAGAUUCGUAGCUUUAUGGGUUUAACAGGUUAUUAUAAGAGGUUCAUGGAAGACUUUUCUCGCAUAGCUAGUCCCAUUUGUUUAGUUGACCAGUUGACCAAAAAGGGGACUCCAUUUGUUUAA